AUGAGUGAUUCACUUAUGCUAAGUUAUCGCAUUGCAACAACGUUAGAUUGUGAUUUAUUAGUUCUGUUUAUUAAUUCAUCGUAUCGUGGUGAAAUAGCACGUCAUGGUUGGACAAAUGAAAAUGAAUUAGUUGAUGGACCAAGAACAAAUGAAAUUGCUUUAAAUACAAUUCUUAAUAAUAAUGAUUCAAUAAUAUUAAUGUUUUUUAAUGAAAUUGAUAAAAUGUUAAUUGGAUGUGUUCAUUUACAAUUUAAAUCAGAAAUAAAAACGACAUAUAUAGGAAUGUUAGCUGUACAUCCAAAUUUACAAGGAAAAGGAUAUGGAAAAAUGAUUUUAUCAUUAGCAGAAAAUUAUGCAAUAAAAAAAUGGAAUGUUGAUUAUAUUGAAAUGAUAGUUGUUCUUCAAAGAACGGAAUUAAUUGAUUAUUAUAAUCGACGUGGUUAUAUUGAUACGGGUGAUCGGCAACCAUUUCCACAAUCUCAAUUUGGACUUCCAAAACGAAAUGAUUUACAAUUUUGUACGCUACGAAAAUCUGUCAAAAUCAAUCAAGAAAAACAAUAA